UACCAAACAAACACAAAUACACACUCUAGUCAAUUUAGAAAAAAGAAAAGAAGAAAAUGUCAGGAAGAGGAAAGGGAGGAAAAGGGUUGGGAAAGGGAGGAGCAAAACGACAUCGUAAGGUCCUCCGCGACAACAUCCAGGGCAUCACCAAGCCCGCCAUCCGCCGGUUGGCUCGCAGAGGCGGAGUGAAGCGUAUCAGCGGUCUCAUUUACGAGGAGACACGUGGCGUGUUGAAGAUAUUUUUGGAGAACGUCAUCCGUGACGCCGUGACUUACACGGAGCACGCUCGCCGGAAGACGGUCACCGCCAUGGAUGUCGUUUACGCCUUGAAACGCCAGGGCCGUACUCUCUAUGGUUUUGGUGGUUAAUUUAAUUGGAGUAUUUUAGGGUUUGUUGCUGUCUGAUAAAUUCAGAUCUGGUUUUAUCUUAAUGGUUUUUAGAUGUUAGUUAGUAGGAUGAUAUCUCCGUGUAGCUUAAUCUGAUCGAUUUCCAGUUUUAUAAAUACAUAUUUAUCCAUUAUGUCUCUUCUAGUUUUUAGUAUGAUAAAAUAUGAUAUUGUGAUUUGUGAA